AUGAAUGGCAACUCUUCGUCAAAACGCCGAAAUCGCAGGGAGCGGGUGCGAGUAACGCGUGCUUGUGAUCUCUGCAAAAAGAAGAAGCUGCGUUGUUCAGGCACAUUACCUUGCGUUCUGUGUCAACGCUCCAAUUCAACCUGUGAAUAUACUGCUGGCUACACGAGGGGACGGCUGCCGCCAGUCCCUGUCUCAGCGAGCCACCGAUUCGUAGACAACGACAAUGUGUUGGGACAGCAGACAACGCCAGCUGAUGAGAACGGAUCAACCUCACCAGUUGCGCCACCAAUAACAAACACUGAUGAAGGCAGCCAUUUGAUAGCACAACAUGCCAAUAAUAGAACUGUUGGCCCAUCAUCCCGCAACUCGCCGGAGCCUCAUCAAACUGAUUCCGAAGGUCACUACGUGGGUUCGUCCUCCGGCGUCUCAUUUCUCAUUCGAGCACAGAGAAGACUGCAUCAGCAACACAUCUCAUUUCCUCCAAAUACGUCCAUCUUCAGUUUUGGUGAUGCGCCACUACCGAAAUACGAUCCCUUGUGCUUGGUAGUACCUUCCAAAUCUCAGGCUAAGGCGUUAUUGGAUAGGUAUUUCGCAUUUGCUUUUCCUACACAUCGGUUCUUGCACCAAAAGCAAGCCGAGUCCUGGCUGGAACAAUUCUAUGUCGACCUCAACCAGCCGCAAUCAAAUAAUCAUGGAGUGAAAGACAUCAAAGCCCUGGUAUUUAUGAUAUUUGCGCAAGCAAAGCAGUCCCUGCCUGAGUCUGAUCCUUGUGGCGUCAAUUCAGCUGAUAGUGCGGUUUUCUUUGCAGCUGCUGAAUACCAUCUAGCUGCAGAGACAGGACCUGCACGUCUGACAAGUGUGCAAGCACGACUAGCUCAGUGCUUCUAUCUGUUGUCCGAAUCUCGAAUCAAUCACUGUUGGAGUCUUUUCGGAAUCACAGCCCGACUUGCUAUUGCAAUUGGCCUGCAUCGAGCACGUCGUCGAGAAUUUGGUGGUAGUAUGGACCUUAUUGAACAGGAGUGUCGCAAACGGGUGUUUUGGAGUGCAUACAGCUUGGACAACUAUUUGAGCGCAGCUCUAGGUCGGCCACGAAUUUUCCAUGACGAUGAAUUUGAUCAGGAUCUCCCCUUGAUAGUCAACGACAGUCAGAUAACUACUCAUGAAAUUCUUCCCGCCUUGACAAAUGCACAAAGUAUCAUGCUGGCUCCUGUCUAUCAUGCCAAGCUGUCCACUAUCAUCAGCAGUAUUUUGCGUGAUUUGUACGGCAUCCAAAGAGCCGGUCGGGAGAAAGAGGUGUCAGCUGCUGCUCAUCGGGAAGCUGAGCUGAGAGAAUGGCGCCAUGAAUUAUCUGGUUUCUUGGACUCACCUAAUGUCGACUUAUUGAUGCUUACUUAUCAGCGCCAAUACACGGUGUUGAAUCUAGCUUUCUAUCAUGCUCAGAUCUUGUUGUAUCGUCCAUUUGUUCUCAAGAAUCUGUCAAUGCCGGCAGAUAAUAUGUCCAAUAGGGAAGAUGAUCAACUAUACGGGGCAAUUGAUCGAUAUAUUCGGCAGUGUCUAGAGGCUGCAACUGAAGUCGCUUCGAUUGUUCGUAAUCUGUGCGAGCAGGGUGGACUGUACCACAAUUUCUGGUUUACUCAUUACUACGCUUUUUCCGCUAUUGCAGUGCUGUAUGUUCACUUCAUUCAUAUGUGUUCACAAGCCGUCAAUAUUGAGCAGUAUUCUUAUUACUUCCAAAUCGGUGAACAAGCGCAGAAAGACCUGGGAACCUGCAGUGAGCGAUCCCCCUCUGUUCGGCGGUACCUUGUCGUUCUAGAAGAACUCCGAGAAGAGGCAAAGAAAGCUACGAAGAGAUGUCAUCAAGCGCUGGGGAUUACUUUUCCUAUCUCGGAACCACAGCAUGUCACCUUUGCCGACAACAUCCUAAGAGAUGAUCAAAGAAUGAACGAUAAUAGGCAGCUCAACAUUCCAGAUAUCAUUUCUAAUCAGGAUGCGGUGCAGCUGAUGACAUUGUCUCAGGUCCAAUCGGAUCAAUCCGGUUUGAUCACUGGUUCUAAAGAUGAAGCUUACGCGGACUCCGACAUUCCUAAUCUGGCGGCUUGGGGUGACCUUGAUUCGUUGGCCUUUACUGGACUCGGAGAGCUGGACUUCACCUUCCCUUCAGAGCUCUUACCGCCGGCCUAA